CAAAGUCAAUACAUUGUUCCGUCAGUGUGUGAAUGAAUGAUUUUUUAUUGCAAAGAAACUCUUCUAAAGCAUUUCAUCAUUAUUUUAUAGUUUCUGAUCUAUUGAGUUUAGCGGUUGUGAAAUUUGUGCUAUUUUUAACUUGACGUCUUCAAUGUAUUAUAAAGCCUUUCAUUCAAUUCAUUAUCAACACACAUCGGUUAAAUAGAAAGGGAUAAAAAUCAUCAUAAAAUAUGGGAUUAUUUAAUAAACGUAUUUUACGACGGCGUCGCACCAAUGAAAUAUUGGAAUUGUAUUCGGCUGCUGGCACUGACUUUGAAGUAACGCAAGAAGCUGUUGAAAUCUGGAGAAAAUUGCCACAGAGCAUUCGUUGUGAUCCGUCAUUUAUAUCAUUUCGACAGCAAUAUGAUCGGACAAAUGGUCAAUCUGAACUGGAGACCGAAACGAUGACAGCAGACUUCGAAAAUAUUUCACAUGAUUCGAUAGUAAAUAGUGAAUUCGCUACAAUAACUUUGAAGGACAAUCAUGAAGAAGAAAACAGAAAUCAUUUUGAAAAUGGAGAAAAUGUGGUGCACUCAAAUGACAAUCAUCACCGAAUUGCUGACGAUAUACAACAAAAUAAGACAAACACGUCACAAAACGUAUUCAAAAUGAUAAAGAUUGCAUUGCUAACUAUUGUUUGGAUCAUGUUCACGGCAAUUUUAAUGUCAAGAGAUGAAAAGAUUCUAAACGUUCAUCCAUUGGCAAUACCGAUUGGUCAAAAUAAAAGUUAUGUUCUAAACGAAAUGCCAUUUGAAUCGAGGUUUGCAAUCAUCGUUUACGGUGCAUUUGCCGAUGAAAGCAUAAAUACAACGAAUUAUAUGCGUUUAUACGUUCAAUUGAUUCAUGACCAUGUGAAGGAUGUUGGAAACAAUCAUUCUGAUUUAUCAUUCAUUGUGUAUCACUAUAAUUUCGUUAAAAUACCAAUUAUUCCAAACAUCAACCAAAUUGACACAACAAAAGUUGUUCAAAAAUCACAUACAUUCCACUUGAAUAAGGAAAUUUAUCAACAAAACACUUGGAAUGAUACAGUUCUAACGCUGGAAAUUUCCACAAAUGUGCCCAUCAAUUUUCCCAUCAAUGUGGCUUUUGAUCCGUCGCCCAUUGAUAAGUCGUUGGGUAUUAUUUACGCUGCGAUUUUGAUACUAUGUUUGUACAUAAUGAUCAUUUGGGAGAUCAUAGAUCGGACCUUUGCCGCUUUAUUGGCUUCAACCGCUUCGAUCGUCAUUUUAUCACUGAUGAAUGAACGUCCAACUAUGCCAGAGAUUUUAUCUUGGAUCGAUACUGAAACAUUACUAUUAUUAUUUGGAAUGAUGAUUUUAGUUGGCAUUUUAUCAGAAACAGGCGUUUUUGAUUAUUUAGCGGUUUAUGCAUUCAAGAUUACAAAAGGCGAACCAUGGUCAUUGAUCUACUGCUUGUGUCUAUUUACAAGUGUUCUUUCGGCGAUUCUAGAUAAUGUGACCACGCUACUACUAAUGACACCCGUUUCAAUUCGUCUGUGCGAAAUAAUGCACUUGGAUCCCAUUCCGAUCCUCAUGUCAAUGAUCAUAUUCUCGAAUAUCGGAGGUUCAAUGACACCUGUUGGUGACCCACCAAAUAUAAUCAUCGCAUCAAACACACAAAUCGUUAAAAGUGGAGUGAAUUUUUUAAACUUCACCAUUCACAUGUCAAUAGGUGCAGUUUUUGUUAUGGUUCAAACGUAUUUCCAAUUGCGCUACAAAUUUCGUACGAUCAAUGAUUUACGCAUUAAUGAACCAGAGGAUAUUCAAGAGUUGAAAAAUGACAUUGUGAUUUGGAAACGAGCCGCACAGACCCUUUCAUCUUCAUCAAAAGAUGAAAAUUUGGUGCGUAACAUAUUGAUGCGGAAAAUUGAUAGACUUGAGCAUGAGCUGCAUAGAAAAAUAACAUGUGGAUCAAUGUCGAACGAGACGUUUAAACAAACUUUAGCGGCUUUGGAGAAAAAGUUUCCAAUUCGGGAUCGAUUACUUUUGAUAAAAUCAUCGAUUGCUUUAACAUUUGUUAUUGGUUGCUUCUUUUUCCAUUCAUUGCCAUAUAUCGAACGAAUUUCGCUCGGUUGGAUCGCUCUGUUGGGUGCAAUUUUAUUAUUGAUAUUGUCCGAUCCGCAAAACAUGGAAACAGUUUUUGAGCGUGUUGAAUGGACAACAUUGGUAUUUUUUGCCGUUUUAUUUGUUCUUAUGGAAUCAUUAGCCAAAUUAGGUCUUAUUGACUGGAUUGGAAAUCAAACGGAAAACAUUAUUCUGAUGGUUAGUGAAGAGUUUCGUUUGGCCGUUGCCAUUCUCAUUGUUUUAUGGGUUUCGGCCAUCGCGUCGGCAUUCGUCGAUAACAUUCCAUUGACAACAAUGAUGAUUCGUGUUAUCAUAUCAUUGGCAAGCAAAGCAGCAUUAAAUUUACCGUUGCAGCCGCUUGUGUGGGCGCUUUCUUUUGGCGCGUGCUUGGGCGGAAACGGAACAUUAAUAGGUGCUUCAGCAAACAUUAUCUGCGCUGGUGUGGCUGCGCAGUAUGGAUAUGAGCUAACGUUCAUGAAUUAUUUCAAAAUCGCAUUUCCCGCUAUGAUCGGUAGUUUGAUUGUGGCGAGCGGAUAUCUCCUGAUUUGUCAUUUGGGUUUUAUGUGGCAUUGAAUAUUGUUCUGUUUGGUGUUUUGUUAAACAUAACUAGAAUAUUUGUAGAGAGAUAUAAACAUUUGGACCAAUUAAAAAAAAAAAAAAUUUCUUUACCAAAAUAAACGGAAUAUAAAACA